UUGCCUUGUGUUUAGAGAAAAGAGAUCAUUUUGGAAUUUCAGUCCUUUGAGGAAAAAUGGUGGCUCGGAAGUUUGUCAUCCACCACCAAGAUUCGAUCUUUGAAAUCGACUACGACACCGAAUAUGGCGUUGAGGUUUUACAGACUCAGAUUUUCUCCCUCACUUAUGUUCCUUCUGAUGAGCAAAAGAUCGUUGCGGAAGAUGAUGAUCGAGUGGUAUCGUUAUCGGAUGAGACUGAUCUCACUUCUAUACCCGAUAAGCUUCGAUUGGUCUCAACUGGAGGAAACUCCGAGGACAUUUCACAAGGAACCUCUGGUCAGAUCGAGAAAUCUGAUGCGGAAAUGGUGAAAUCAGACGAAGAGUUGGCACGAAUGUUGCAGGCAGAGGAAGAGGCGAUGAUGUUUCAACAGUAUGUUGCUGCACAAGAUAGCAGCGAAUUCGAGAGCAGGAUAAGGCCUUAUGUCAGCCAAGUCCUCAUGUAUGAAGAUCCAGUCCGUCAAGAAGCUGCUCGAAAGACCGUUCCUAAAGACGAGCUCGAGGAGAAAGCUUUGGUUUCUCUGGCCAAGGAGGGGAAUUUCAAGCCAUCUAAACAUGAAAAAGACUACGCUUUCCUGCUUCAGCUACUUUUCUGGUUCAAAAGAUCCUUCAGAUGGGUCAAUGAACCUUCGUGUGACUAUUGUGGAAACAAAACCAUAGGCCAGGGGAUGGGAAACCCACUUACCUCAGAGCUUGCUUAUGGAGCAAAUCGAGUUGAACUAUAUCGGUGUACCUCGUGUCCAAUAAUUACUCGAUUCCCUCGGUACAAUGAUCCUCUUAAGCUCGUAGAAACAAAGAGAGGUCGCUGCGGGGAGUGGGCCAACUGCUUUACGCUAUACUGCCGCUCGUUUGGCUAUGAUUCUCGUUUGAUACUGGACUUCACAGAUCACGUCUGGACGGAAUGCUUCUCUCACUCAUUGGGAAGAUGGAUUCAUCUUGACCCUUGUGAAGGAGUGUAUGACAAACCCAUGCUAUAUGAGAAAGGAUGGGGUAAAAAAUUGAAUUACGUUAUUGCGAUUUCCGUGGACGGGGUUUGUGAUGUCACUAAGCGAUAUACAAAGAAAUGGCAUGAGGUUUUAUCUAGACGAACUCUCACAACUGAAUCAUCUCUGGAAGCUGUUCUACGAGCCCUGACAGAGGAACGGCGAGGUAGCUUUAUGUCACAAGUUUCUGCGCUUAAACUCCGAGACAGAAAUGAGCAGGAAGAACUCGAGAGAAAUCUGCAUUCCCCAGAUGAUACCUCGGUUUCUUUACCCGGAAGGCAAAGUGGAGAUAAAGAAUGGCGCAUUCUGAGAUCAGAAUUUGGUUCAGGAGAAAACAGCUCUGUCAGCUCGUCCUCUUGCCCAGUUCGCACAUGCGUUGAUGACCAUGUGACCAACAUUCAUGACUCGUUUCUGCCUAUCGUGACUCAGUUCGUUGUGGAUGAUUUACCUGUAGCAAGAGCAAUCGAGGUCCUUAAUAUGAUCAAGCAAGUCCUUGUGGAUCUGAAGAAUGCGCCUUUCAAAACGAGGAAGGCUCGCUUGACUUUAGAUGCAGAUAGCUCAAGUUCAUUCCCAGAGCAGUUUCUCCCCGCACUGGAAGUUUUGCUUUUUGCUCUUUCUUUGAAGAGCCAGAAAGACACAGACGAGAAAAGUCUCACAAUAUGCUUGGUGGGUAAACCCACAGAAACGGCUUUAGCAUUGCCAGUUGCAUUGGACGCUUUAAGGGAACUGGUCACUGACCUCAGAAAAUGCCAAAACUUGAACAAAGAUUCACUGUCUUUUCCAUUUCUGAAACAGAACAGGGUAUGCUCUGGUUCUGUCCUCGCGAGUGGUGAAGAGCUUCCUUCUGGCAUCGCAACCGCAGCUUUUGAUGGAAUCCAAGAGUCCAAAUGGGAGGAACCAAAUGGUGCAAAAGGCUGUUGGAUCGUGUACAAAACACUCUACAACCAGGUGCAACAACUCAUUGCAUACGAGCUCAUGUCUGCAAAUGAUGCCCCAGAGAGAGACCCCAAAGAUUGGGUUCUUGAAGGAAGUAACGACGGUGGAUCGACAUGGCAUGUUCUGGAUAAGCAAACUAAUCAGGUAUUCGAGGAGCGGUUCCAACGCAAAUCCUACAAAAUAACAUCUCCCGGGAUCCAAGCAAAUAUCUUCAGGUUCCGAUUUUUGUGUGGACGAGACGUGAAUUCGACCUCCAGACUACAAUUAGGGAGCAUCGAUCUAUACAGGAGCCACCAUUAAUUAAACGAUGCACAUCAAAUGUACUAUAUGUAUAAUCAUCCAUUGUGAAUACUUUCUGCAAAUUGAUGUCUUAGUGGGGGAAUUAUUGGCCUGUGUUGUUUAAUGUGCAAGUGUAAGCUAUUGUUAUUGAUAAGUAACUUCAUGA